AUGGCUGACGCCGCCGUCGAGAACCCGGCCACCACAGUCCCGCCGCACAAGAAGCAGCUCCCAUCAUCGAUACCAAACUUUGACGCCCUCGAGGGCUUCUCCACCGAGGGCAACGACGACUACUCCACCUUCAAGAAGCUGCAACGGCAACUAGAGCGCGUCGUCCAUCUCGACAUCAACCCGCCUGCUGACGCCCUGCCCGCCAGCUGCUUGCCGGCCCCCCGCCGUGCGCACAUCCUCACGCGCCUUUCGCUCGCUCCCGCCGCGGCCCACGCCCUCGCCCUCGAUUCGCGGCCGUCGCGCUCCACCAUGGACUUCCAGUCGCCCCAGAACGCCAUGUACGACGCCGCCAGCUUCAUCGACCCCAGCGCCAUUGCCAACCCCCAGAUGAACGGCGCGCGCCCCUACAACCCAAUGCCCUCGGUGCCGCAGAAGCGAGACUCGACCGGCGCCAGUCUGUCGCUCUCGCGCUCCCAGACGCCCUCGCAGCAGCCCCAAUUCGGCUUCCAGCACCCCCAGGCCUUUGCCAACACACCCUCGCCCACCAUGCAGAGCCAGCACUUUGCGCCCGGCCAGAUGGGCGGCCAGCGAAUGCAGACGGCGUCGCCCGCGCAGAACCCCCACGCGCCCCAGAUGUCGGCCAUGGGCUUCCAGCCCUCGCCCAUGAACCAGGCCUUCAAUGCAAACGCCGCCAGCCAAUUCCCCGUCCAGUCGGUCCAGCUGUCGCAAAACCUCCAGAGCCGCCAGCAGGAAGCGCAGAGGCAGUACGCAAUGCGCCUGCAGCAGCAGCAGCAGCUUGGCAACCUCGCCGCGAGCAACAUGGCAGCGCGCCAAGGGCAGCAGCCAGGAGCUCAGAUGCCGGGCGCAAUGCAGACGCCCAUGCAACAUCCUGGCAUGCAGCCCAACAUGAUGCAAGGCCAGGCACAGCAGCAAAACCCCCAAGUCCAAUACCAGCAGUUUCUCAAGAACGUAGCGGCGCUAAACGCCCAGCAGAACCGCCCAUUCAACCCCCAGCCCCAGUGCGCCGGCCGUGUCAUCAACCUCCAAAACCUCUACGCCGCCGUCAUGCGCUUCAAAGGCUCGCGAUUUGUCACCCAGCAGAACGGCUGGCAGCGGAUCGCGCAAAUGAUGAACAUACAUCCGCAGCAGUUUCCCACUGCGUCCAACGAGUUGCGCCAAAUCUACGAAGCAAACCUGCUCUUCUACGAGACUGCCUAUCUCCAACGACAGCAGCAGAUGCAACAAAAAGGCAUGCCUCCGCAGGCGCAAAUGGGCCAGAUGGGGCAAAUGGGACAAAUGGGGCAGAUGGGGCAGAUGGGCCAAAUGGGGCAGAUGAACCAGAUGGCAUCUAUGGGCCAGCAAAUGUCGCCAACAAGACCCACGAUGCCAGGGCAGCAAAACAACAUUGCAGGACACCAGGAAUACCUCCAACAGUUGCAAAGGUCACAGGAAACACUAAAGCAGCAGCAGCAGCAGCAGCAGCAACAGCAACAACACCAGCAGCAGCAACAAGCUCAACAACAACAAGCACAACAACAGGCACAGCAACAGGCACAGCAACAACAGGCACAGCAAGCGCAGCAGCAAGCGCAGCAGCAACAACGGCAAUCGCUUCCACCUACGCAACAGCCACACCCAUCCAUCGAUCCAUCGGCACACCCACCACAAUCCACACCGUUACAAAGCAGCACAGUACUCCCGAGCGUCAAUGGCACCACACCACAAGCAGACGCCAAUGCGCGAAAGAGUCUGAGCAGACAGCUAGAGGGAACUCCGGUUCCAGGAAAAGACCCUAACCAGGUACAGCCUUCACCGAUGAAGCAGGAGGAGAAUGCUGCCGUUGUAGACCCAAAUUUGGUCAUGAUGGAGGGACCCGAGCGGCGGAAACCCGUGAUUGAGCAAGACGAUGGCACAAGAGUCUACCAACCCGCAUGGCGAACUCAAGAUACCUGGGGCGGUCUCGACUUUGACUCGGACAACUUCAAGAACAUGAUUGACACCAUCACAAAUUACAAGCCAAAUGUUCCAUUGCUGCCCGAAAUGGGCGUAAUCGACAUCCGGGCCAUUACCAUGAGCAUCAGGUCGGGCUUGCCCGGUGAGGCGCGUUUGGGACUCGACACCCUCACAAGGAUAACCUACGACAACACUAUCCAGUUCAACCUAGCGCAUUGCGAGGACCUGACAGAGGUAUUGGUGGAAUAUGCGGAAGACCUGUUGGAAACAUUAGGAAACGACAAUCCCGAAGUCACCGACAUCAUCGACCUCAUGUCAUAUGAGGAUGUUAUGCAUCAUUGCCGCGAAGAAGCUGCGUCACUGCUGGAGCUCCCACAAGUCGGCACCACAGCACAUCAUCUCAACCGCACUGCUGAUCGGCUGCUGGCCAUAACAACCAUCUUCCGCAACCUAUCCUUCCUUGAGGUCAACCAUGACUCCCUGGUCAGCCCUUCUGUUCUCAAAUUCCUCGCAAACUUCAUACGGCUUGUCGGUACACGAGUACUGCUUCUCCGCUCACACAUGAACACGUUUGAGUUCAUGAAAGACAUUGUUACCUUCUUCUCCAACACCAGCGCCAAGGUCGUUCUACCUAGCCGUGAAGACGCUUACGCCGUGUUGCACUUCCUUUGUGCGUUUGCCCCGAUGCCAAGGCCUACCGAACCCGUCAAAUUCACGCCUUUUGACCCUCUCAUCCACCGCUAUCUUCCAUCCGCUGUUGACAGUCUGGCAAAACUGCUUGCUCGUGACGACCCCAACCGGACAUAUUACAAGCAGAUUUUCAUCAAUGAGGCCACAGCUACACCGGCAUACGACCUCCUCACUCGGUCCUUUGCUCUCGCCAUCUCGGUCGUGCCUGAUCGCAACUACAUUGAGAAUAAGAUGUACCAAAUGAAGGAACCCCGGCCAAAAGAGGUGCGUAUGUUUGAAGCGCGCAUUGCAGAAUCGCGAAAGGCAUACCUCAUGCAAGGCAUGCUUGCCGCAGACAUUCUCGCCAGCCUAGCCCCUGGACCGGAAACUGGCAUCUGCCGCGCAUGGCUUGAAUCGGAAGACGGCUGGGCGAACACACUACUCAAAUUCGCCAUGUCCCUCUCAGCUACCGACGCUGCUAUUCCUCACCCUCCCCCACCACCGAACCACCGCGGCCCACGACCCAUGGAUCACGACCGGGAAGGCUUCCAACUCAUUGUCCACCGUGCGCUGUCGACGCUUAAGCGCCUAGGCGACAAGUCAAAGGGUGGCGAACCGCUAGUCAAGGGUGUGCAGCAAAUGAACGGACACAUGGACCAUGAUAUGGACGAGGACGAGGACGAGGACGACAUGGAGAUUUUCAGUUUCAACGGCAGUUCAUGGAGAGUAAAGGCGGACAUUUUACCGCGCAAAGAGACGCUACUAGGUGCACUGUUGACGGCGCAGCUAGACGUCCGCAGUGUAAAUCAAUUCUGCAAAAUUGGCUAUCUGGAUGACUAGAAAG